UGCUGUCUGGCAGAUAUUUUUGAAGAAAUAUACAUUUCUUUGGAAAUAUAUUUCCUAACCUUAUUUGGAAUAACAUUUUUAAAGAAACUUCCUUCACUUAUCUGAUUUUUCAGUGCGAUACGCAUUUCUUUUUCACUGGAAAAACGGAGGACUCUUUAAACUCUGGCUUUCCCAAGGCUCCACGGUUCUGAUGGAAGAUUCACUGAAAAAGGCCUUCUUUUAGACACAUCGUUAGAGGAAAAACAAAAUGACUGUCCAUAGAGACCCUAACUUCCUCUGGCAGUCUCACCAUCCACGAUGGCAUGCAAAACCUUACAGAGAAUGGAGGAGAAAACAUGACAUAGAGGACCAACUCACUAGUACACAUGAGCCCCUAUCUACAAACUGUUUAUUAUACACAAUGCAUAGGCAUUGGUGGCGGGGGAAUUGGUUUCUUCUGCCUCUGCUCAUAGUCUGUUAUUUUCCCUGUGAGGCUUGGGGUGUCACUUUCAAGAUUGCACUGGUGGGACCUUGGACAUGUGACCCCAUGUACUCUAAAGCCCUGCCUGAUGUGGCGGCUAGAUUAGCUAUGACGCGCAUCAAUAAAGACCCCUACCUCAGUAAAGGAUACUGGUAUGAUUACACCAUGAUCAAUGAGGACUGCCAGACUUCCAGGGCUUUGGCCCGAUUCAUUGAGUUGGAAGGGUAUGGCUCUGUUUUUCUUGGGCCAGCCAACCCGGGCUACUGCACCUCCGCUGCUCUACUGGCCAAGAACUGGAAUGCAGGCAUCCUGUCUUGGGCAUGUCUGAAAGCCAACAUGGACGAUGGGACAUACCCUACAUUCCUUCGACCUCUGCCACUUUCGUCUCGGGUGCUGUUUGCUGUGCUUCGAUUCUUUCACUGGGCACAUGUAGCCAUUCUGUCAGAGGAAAAUGACAUAUGGGAGGCAACUGGACAAGAACUUGCUGCAUCACUGCGAACCCUUGGCCUACCCAUCAGUACUGUUGUUACCAUGGAGAUGGAUGAAGAUGCACCCCGGAAAGCUCUAGAGAAAAUCAGAGAGGCAGAUCGUGUGAGAGUGAUCAUCAUGUGCAUGCACUCUGUUCUUAUGGGUGGAGAGGCUCAAUACAAGUUGCUGACUAUGGCAAUGCAUAUGCGCAUGAUUGAUCGUGGUUACAUAUUCAUCCCAUAUGACACCCUACUCUAUGCGCUUCCAUAUAAAAAUGUGACCUAUUCGGUACUGGCUAAUAAUACCCAACUGCGACGGGCAUACGAUGGAGUCCUCACCAUCACCAUGGACCAAGGAGAGCAGAACUUCUAUGAAGCCUUCAAAGAAGCUCAGGACAGCUAUGAGAUCCGCAGCAGUGCUGAGCCUGAACAAGUCUCUCCAUUCUUUGGCACCAUCUACAACAUGCUGUACUACAUAGCCAUGGCAAAUGAAAAGAGUAGGUUGGCAGGAGGAGGCCGUCGGGUGACAGGUGAGGCUCUGGCUCAGAACAAAGGAGGUUUUGAGUUCACAGGCUUCAAUCAACCCAUUUCGGCAGGCAGCAAUGGCGAGGGCAUGCAAGCACGCUAUGUGGUGUUGGACACAGAUGGCACCGGUGCCACCCUCCAUCGGACACACGUCCUGGAGGCACCACACACAUACGGGAAAUUUGGUGCACUCAAAUACAUGGGGAAAUCCAUCCACUUUGCAGGUGCCUCCCCCAGCACUGACCCUAACUGCUGGUUCAGCAGCUACGUGGCCUGCAGCGGUGGAAUGGAUGGCGUGACCUUCUUUUUCCUUUGCCUCCUUUUCUGUGCUUUAAUUACUGCAAGUAUUUUCCUCUACCACAUGAAGAUAACUGGACAACUGGGUGUGUUGGGAGGGGGAGGUAUUUCAGCCCCCACUAAGAUAGUGCUCACACUGGAUGACCUGGUCUUUAUAAACACACAACUGAGCAAGAGGAAGCUUAAUGAAGACAGUAUGAUGAAGUCUCAGUUAGAUGAGAAAACGGCUCGUCACUCUGUCUCAGGACGAAGCUAUUUCACAUCAACUCCUGAAAUCUCCAAUGUGGCUGUGUUUGAGGGUGACUGGGUAUGGUUGAAAAAAUGCCAAAAUGGAGAAAAUGUCACAGAGAUCAGUGAGACCACACAAGCUAUCUUCAUUAAGCUAAGGGAUAUGCGUCAGGAGAACUUAAACCCGUUCCUGGGCCUGUUUCUGGACUCUGGGAUAUUUGGCAUUGUGACUGAACACUGCACAAGAGGAAGCCUGGAGGACCUACUUAGCAACGAAGAAAUGAGACUUGACUGGAUGUUCAAAUCCUCCUUGCUUAUGGACCUGGUCAGGGGACUGAAGCAUCUGCAUAAUAGGGGUAUCAUUCAUGGGCGUCUAAAAUCUCGGAACUGUGUGGUGGAUGGCCGGUUUGUUCUAAAGGUGACAGAUUAUGGUUUAAACAAAAUCAUGAGCUCCCUAAACAUCUCCCAGGAUGACAGCAAGCCAGAGGAUCAGUUGUGGACAGCCCCAGAGCUCUUAAGAAACAUGAACCUGAAGAAUAAGGGCACAUACAAGGGCGACGUCUACAGCUUUGCCAUUAUCAUGCAAGAGGUCAUCUCACGCUCUGCCCCUUUCUGCAUGCUGGACAUGCCUGCGAAAGAGAUCAUAGAUAUGGUACGCAGUCCUCCUCCUCUUUGCCGACCCUCUGUAUCAGUGGACGAGGCUCCGCUGGAGGUCAUUCAGAUCAUGAAGCAGGCCUGGAGUGAAGAUCCAGAGCUGAGACCCUCGUUCGAGGAGAUCUUCAAACAGUUUAAGACUAUCAGUAAAGGAAGAAAGACCAACAUCAUUGACUCUAUGCUGCGCAUGCUGGAGCAAUACUCCACCAAUCUGGAAGACUUGAUCCGUGAAAGAACAGAGGAACUGGAAGUUGAGAGACAGAAGACAGAUGCACUUGUGGCCCAGAUGCUGCCCAAAUCUGUUGCUCUGGCUCUGAAGAAAGGGAAGCCAGUGACACCAGAGCAUUUUUCAGAGGCAACGUUGUACUUCAGCGACAUUGUUGGGUUCACCACCAUCUCAGCCCUGAGUGAACCCAUCGAAGUGGUGGACCUUCUAAAUGACCUCUAUACCCUUUUUGACUCUAUCAUUGGCAUGCACGAUGUCUACAAGGUCGAGACCAUCGGUGACGCGUACAUGGUGGCAUCAGGGGUUCCCACCCGCAACGGCAACCGGCACGCAGCCGAGAUGGCCAGCAUGUCCCUAGACAUCCUGUCCUGCAUUGGCACAUUCAAAAUGAGACACAUGCCUAGCGUCAAAGUCAAAAUUCGCAUUGGUCUCCACUCUGGUCCAGUAGUAGCCGGAGUAGUGGGGCUGACAAUGCCUAGAUAUUGUCUGUUCGGUGAUACAGUCAACACAGCGUCUCGAAUGGAAUCCACAGGGUUGCCUUACAGAAUACAUGUCAACCAGAGCACAGUUGACAUCCUCAGAGAGCUCAAGCUCGGAUACCAGAUAAAUUCGAGGGGCAAAACGGAACUUAAGGGUAAAGGAGUCGAGGAGACAUUUUGGUUAGUAGGGAGGGACGGAUUCACCAAGCCCCUGCCUAUACCACCAGAUCUCACACCUGGGGCGAGUAACCAUGGCAUCAGCUUGGAGGAGAUUCCUACAGACAGAAGGCAGCGCUUCCUGGACCGGCAAAAGAUGAUGGGUUAAAGAAGGACCUUAAGGAAUAUGCAAGCAGUGAUGCUGAUCUUCCUCCACCAGCUGUGACCGGACCUCUGGCAUUCAGCAACAGAUUCAGGCAUAAUUCAGCAUGGGGUGGGACAAAAGAAGAUGCCCUGGGGAUUAUUCACUUACCCCAAUACUCUUAUCUGAUGCUCCCAAAACACAUAUAAGGGGCUGGAUUUAUUUUUUCCAAUGAUGUCAAACCCCCUCAGCCUCUCAAUAUGAACCAUUGCCAUUCUACUACACAUUAAAACCAGUACUUAGCCAAUACAUUAAAUGUACUUUGUUUGUAGUCAGUGCUUCAAUCAAAUUUACCCUUGUAAGCAAAAUAUAGUUUUUUUUUGUUUUUUUUAAUUAUUUGCACUAAAUCUUAAAAGAUAGAGUAGCAUAAAUGGUUAAGGUGAAGCCAAAGGAACUUUAAUUUUUUCAUUCUGGAUUUCUACAAAGUACACUGUGUUUAUUAUGGAGAGAUUCCUGUGUAAUGACACAUAUCGAGAGUUACGGUUGGCCGAGAUCGAAUUUGGAUAAAAAGUUUUGUCAAACAGCCGAGCGAACAGGACAAAAUUCUCUCAAAUCCUUUGACACUUCACACUUCUAGGUUUUCUGUUCAAACUCCAGAGAUCUUUUGUACUUCUUUCUUCACCCCAAAGUUAAGACGAAGAAGUUGUUGAGCCUCACAGAAAAUCUUAUCACACACACUUGCUGACAUUUUUAUCACCCAGCAUUGAGUACAUGAAUUGUGACGUAUAAUCCCAUUUUAUUAUCAUAACCAAGACUGAAUGUACUGUACAUCCACUCCAUAAUGAAGCACAACACGAAAAUCUGAUAUAUGGAACUGGGGAAAAUUUGCAAACGCGUACUUGGACCUUGCUAUCGUGUCAACUGCAGUUCUACUGGACUCCAGAAUCAGCUGACAUGUCUCUGUGCACUGAACUUUACUGUUCCUUCAGUUCUGAA